AUGACGCAUCUUAAGUCACAAUUAGAACCUGUAUUGCCAUCAUGGUUCUAUAAAAAGCUCGCUCGCUACCCGGUCGUGCCAAUAGCCGAAGUCCAAAGGGUGGUCAUCGUCGCUUAUUUCCGCAGUGGUUCCAGCUUUUUUGGUGAGAUGCUUUCUUCAACUCCGCGCACUUUCUUCCACUUCGAGCCCCUGCAAAUGUUCGGCCAUAAUUUCAGGACCAACGACAGCGCAGCGCACCAAGCCUUGGACUUGAUCGGUCACCUGUUCCACUGCGAGUUCCAGCGUAUCAAAGAUUACGCUCGCUGGGAUUACGAACACUCGUCGCUCUUCGUGUGGAACCACUUCCUAUGGACCCUCUGCAGAGGGAAAUCUUCAGUCUGUUUCAACUCUGAGGCCGUCUCCCAAGUUUGUUCGCGGGCACCUGCGCAGGUGAUGAAGGUCACGAGGUUGCCCAUGUCUCAUGUUCGAGACUGGUUGCGCAGCAACCCGGACAUAGCGGGAACUGUAAAGAUUGUACACCUGGUGCGAGAUCCGCGGGGCAUCGUGGCGUCGAGGAGACGCGUGGCCUGGUGCAACAAGUCCGAGGCUUGCAUGCACCAGGAUUCAGUGUGCUCAGAGGUUCGCGCUGACCUGUACUCGUACGAGGAGUUGAAGAAGGUGCUUCCAAACAGCACACACAGACUUCGUUACGAAGAUUUGGCUCUCAAUCCUAAUGGUGAAGCUGUGAGGCUGUUCGACGUUCUAGGGCUGAAGUACACAAGACACGUGACCAGGUUUUUGAAGACGCACACCAGGUCACGUAAGGACAAUUCCUUGUACCCGCACUCGACGAGGAGAAAUUCGUCUAUCGUCGCGUUUCAGUGGAGAACCAAGCUGAGCUACGAAGACGUCGUGAAUAUUCAGCGGUCCUGUUCAGAUGUGCUGCUGCGGUUGGGUUACAAGACAAUUACUAGAGAAAAAGAAAUGUUUCAGGCAGUGCCCCUAGUUUCUGUAGGAAACCUGACAGUGCCUGUAUGAGGCUAAGGAUUACACAAUACAUCGCAAGACCCCUGCAAUUCGGUCAACCUUUGCUUUGAUUGUACGGUACACUCCUUCUCUUGCUAAAUGGAUGGAUGGAUGAAAGAAAUUUAUUGAGGUCUGAUAGGUCGGGCGAGUGUCCCUAGCCCAAAGUGAGCCGCUCCCACGUUGGGAGCCAAAGACGUAUAGCCUCUCAGCCACUUCGCGGGCCCAUU